UCCACACUCUGACGACUCCUGCAACACAGUGGUAGACCGUCGACGGCACCGCAUCCAAAUACGAGAACCACCUGCUUGUCCACGAAGUAGCCUGGUUAAGGUACCUCGACGCUCCGUUUUGUGGCAAUGACAGAAGAUGAGCCGUUCUCAACACAUCAGACUCUUGAGGAGAUGAAUUUGAUUGACAUCCUUUGGAGACAGGAUGUUGAUUUGGGGGCGGAACGUAAAGUGUUUGAUGGUCGUCUGAGACAGAAAGAGGAGGAUGAGAGAAAAGCAAAGGAACAAGAGGAAGUGAGGAUGAAAGAGAGGAGGAGGAAGAAGGAGAUGGUUCUGUUGGCACGACACAAACUGGAUGAGGAAACUGGAGAGUUGAUGCUCCGUCGCAAUCCGUCAGACACGUCCGUACCUGUCGUCCAGGAUGAUAUGGAGUCCUUCAUUUUGGAUCAGUGCAUGGAGCUCCUGUGUCAGACAUUCCCCUCAGGAGAGGAUUUGUCUUCUUCGCUGGCCUCUUCUGACACAGUCUCUUCCCCGACCCCUCCGGAACAUUCUCCCUUGAGCAGGAAUCCUCUGCUGUCUGCUCUGCUUGUUUCCAAAAAACCCCAAACGGCCGAACAAGAAACCACAGUCGUGAACGAACUGCUGGCAUUUCCAGAGCUGCAGCAGUAUCUGGAUCUCGUGGAAUCAAAAGGUUCUCCAAACGCCAGCCUGCCAUUGGUGGAGACGAGAGAAAACCAGCAAGGCCAGCAAACGCUCGAGUCGGAGUCACAAAAUGAUCUCAUUCUUACGCAUACCCUCUUUGACCAAGCCAAACCCGCACAAACAUUUACAGACCCUCUUAUCAGCUUGACACCCCCUGAUAAUCUGAACCAAAUGAGUUUAACAGCACCUGAUCUUUGCUCAAGCUUAAAUACAAAUACCUGCACCGCUGAAGCUUUCCUCACCGAGAACGAACAGUCACCCACAGACAUUUUCAACGAUUCGUUUCGGUACGAGAGCUCCCUCAUAGACGCGCUCAGUAGCUCAGAUCUGACACCUGAAGACUCCUACACACACGUUGGCAGCAGCCCAUCUUUGUUAGACUUUGAGGACUCUGACUCCUUAGAGUCUUUCGAUCCAGACAAGUCCAUGUAUGGAGAUGAGCCAAUGGGCAGCAGCCAGUUAGGUUCUCCAGACGUGGAGGGCAGUCCGAUGGAUUUCGCAGAUCUCUUCCAGUUGUCAUUCCUUUCUGAUAGUCCCCGGUCAUCUCCUGAGGGCUCACCCCUUUUCCAAACCCAUACGCACACGCAAAAUUCAUCUGUGCCCCUCGCAUACAUGCCGCCCUCACCUGAAGAGCUUACACACAUGGGACAACCGCUCAAACGGGUCAGGCGCACGGAACCCAUCGACGUGCCCGAGUCCAAAGCGGCGCGAGUUCGAGACCGCCGAAGGUGUCAGGACGAGCAGCGCGCGCGCGCCUUGCGCCUGCCGAUCACCGUGAAAGAAAUCAUCGACCUACCGGUGGACGCUUUUAACGAGGUAGUCAGUUCUCACCAGCUGAACGAGAGUCAGCUCGCUCUCGUCAGAGACAUUCGCAGAAGGGGCAAAAACAAAAUGGCCGCCCAGAACUGCCGCAAGCGAAAGUUGGACAGUUUAGCUUACCUCGAGGACGAGGUCGACGCGCUGAGGAGAGAGAGCGAGGAACAGACCAAGGAGAAAGAGAAGAACGAGAAAGUGCUACACAAAGCUAAAGAGCAGCUCCUUAAACUUUAUAAUCAAGUGUUCAGCCAGUUGCGAGAUGAACAAGGAAACUCAUAUGAUCCUAAGGAAUACACACUACAGCACAGCACAGACGGCAGGAUCUACCUGCUACCACGCACAAAACACAAAUAAGCAAAUUUACGAUAUGUUUUAAUGAUAGCAAUUAGCCUUAGGUUCCAGGCAUAUAUAGCCAUAUAUAUAUAUAGAACCCACCUGAAUGUUGUCAAUUGAUUCAGUAAAUAAGGAGAUAAUGGGGGUUUUGCCUUUCUUGUAUAUAGUGUAUGUUGUAAUACAUUUUCUACAUCAAUAACAUGUUAAAGGCUUCAAUCUCAAAGGCCUGAGUGGAACUUCAGGGAGAUGCUGUUCACACACAUACACACACACACACACAUUCAGAAUUACUGAGCAGUUACCUGUUCUCACUGCAGUUUGUUGAUUGGUCUACACUAUCUACAGAAGCGUGUUCACAAAGAGCUGAGAGACAAUUAUGGGCAACAUUAUAAUGACUCGUGAUGUGAUACUGGAGAUAAAGAUCUGUAAGUCUCGAAAUCCACUUGUCUGUUUGAUUGACUCUUUCGGUGUUCAAAGGUCUUGAACUUUGCGACAGAUUAAAAAAAAAAAAAAAAAAGUUUGACUCUUGUUA